UCGAGAAGCCCUGAUCCCGUCGCCAGCCUGCCGGUGACCCAGCCUUGAGCCCAGCUGACCGUGCGCGCCCAGGCCAGUCGCCACUGCGGAGGGAAAACAAAAUGUCAGUCAGCGUGCAUGAGAACCGCAAGUCCAGGGCCAGCAGCGGCUCCAUUAACAUCUAUCUGUUUCAUAAGUCUUCCUACGCCGACAGUGUCCUCACUCACUUGAACCUUUUACGCCAGCAGCGGCUCUUCACUGAUGUCCUUCUCCAUGCCGGAAAUAGGACCUUCCCUUGCCACCGAGCAGUGCUGGCUGCAUGCAGCCGCUACUUUGAGGCCAUGUUCAGUGGCGGUCUGAAGGAGAGCCAGGAUAGUGAAGUUAACUUUGACAAUUCCAUCCAUCCAGAGGUCCUAGAGCUGCUCCUUGAUUAUGCAUACUCCUCCCGAGUCAUCAUCAAUGAAGAAAACGCAGAGUCGCUCCUGGAAGCUGGUGACAUGUUGGAGUUUCAAGACAUCCGAGAUGCAUGUGCAGAAUUCCUGGAAAAGAACCUACAUCCCACCAACUGUCUGGGCAUGCUGCUGCUGUCAGAUGCACACCAGUGCACCAAACUGUACGAACUGUCCUGGAGAAUGUGUCUCAGCAACUUCCAAACCAUCCGGAAGAAUGAAGAUUUCCUCCAGCUGCCCCAAGACAUGGUCGUGCAGCUCCUAUCCAGUGAAGAGCUGGAGACGGAAGAUGAAAGGUUGGUGUACGAGUCUGCAAUUAACUGGAUCAGUUACGACCUGAAGAAGCGCUACUGCUACCUCCCAGAACUGUUGCAGACCGUGAGGCUGGCACUGCUGCCAGCCAUCUAUCUCAUGGAGAACGUGGCCAUGGAGGAGCUCAUCACCAAGCAGAGAAAGAGUAAGGAGAUCGUGGAAGAGGCCAUCCGAUGCAAACUGAAAAUCCUGCAGAACGACGGCGUCGUAACCAGCCUCUGUGCUCGGCCUCGGAAAACUGGCCAUGCCCUCUUCCUCCUGGGAGGACAGACUUUCAUGUGUGACAAGCUGUAUCUGGUAGACCAGAAGGCCAAAGAAAUCAUUCCUAAGGCCGACAUUCCCAGUCCAAGAAAAGAGUUCAGUGCGUGUGCAAUUGGCUGCAAGGUGUACAUAACUGGAGGGCGGGGGUCUGAAAACGGAGUCUCAAAAGAUGUCUGGGUCUAUGAUACCCUGCAUGAAGAGUGGUCCAAGGCCGCCCCCAUGCUAGUGGCCAGGUUUGGCCACGGCUCUGCUGAACUGAAGCACUGCUUGUAUGUGGUUGGAGGCCACACGGCCGCCACUGGCUGCCUCCCAGCCUCCCCCUCUGUCUCUCUAAAGCAAGUAGAACAUUACGACCCCACGACCAACAAAUGGACCAUGGUCGCCCCGCUCCGAGAAGGGGUGAGCAAUGCCGCGGUCGUGAGUGCCAAACUCAAGUUGUUUGCUUUCGGAGGCACCAGCGUCAGCCAUGACAAGCUCCCUAAGGUUCAGUGUUACGAUCAGUGUGAAAACAGGUGGACGGUGCCGGCCACCUGUCCCCAGCCCUGGCGUUACACAGCAGCAGCUGUGCUAGGGAACCAGAUUUUUAUCAUGGGAGGAGACACAGAGUUCUCCGCUUGCUCUGCUUAUAAGUUUAAUAGUGAGACUUACCAAUGGACCAAGGUGGGAGAUGUGACGGCAAAGCGCAUGAGCUGCCAUGCUGUGGCCUCCGGAAACAAACUCUACGUGGUUGGAGGAUACUUCGGCAUUCAGCGGUGCAAGACGUUGGACUGUUACGACCCAACCUUAGAUGUGUGGAACAGCAUCACCACAGUCCCAUACUCGCUGAUUCCUACUGCGUUUGUCAGCACCUGGAAGCAUCUGCCCUCUUAGAUGGAAUGCAUCCUAAAGCAUGUAAGCAUGAGCUCACUCUACCUGGUGAGAUAAUGUGAGAUUUCUACUUUGGAGAGACCAAGUUUAAUGAAGAGAAA